UUCAGCAAUGAAGCUCCAAAUCAUGGCUAUCCUGGUCAUUCUUUGCCUUGGCAUCUUCACCAUGCACACAGCAACAGGAAGUGUGUCUAGUGAUAUUAUUAGAAAAAGCUCCUGUAUAGAACUGUCAACAAAAAAGCUGAAUAUCAAAAGGCUUAUUGGUUAUAAAGAGCAAAACAUUCCAAUAAAAGCUGUGAUGUUCAUCACCAAAACAGGCAACAAGAUCUGUGUGAAGCCUGAUCUCAAAUGGGUGAAGGAUGCCAUGAAAUACUUGGAUAAAAAAGGUGUCACCAGAAGACCCACCACAAAAUCCAAUCCCAAGCCCCUGACAACUACUAACAAGGUUUCCAUCAAGGACUGCUGACAGAUUUAUUCAUUCAUAAGAGGAAAGGAAAAGACCCCGGAUGUUGCCAGUCUGUGGGAUUCCCUGCUAAAAGAGGUCAGAGGAGCUAACAUGAGGGAGGAAUUUGAAAAAAACAUACUGGAUAAUAUCAUAGUAAUGAAAAGCUACUUACUGUAUAAAUAAGCAAAGGCAUUCUUUGAUAAGUGCAACGUGUGGGGUGCAAUUUUCUGCCCUCCCAUAUGUUGCAUGAUUAACUACUAGUUUGUUCUGAUUCUCCCAUCACUUUAUAACAGUGUAAAUAAACGGAGACAGGUCUCCUGAUGUAAAUUGUGCUAUCUAUAUUAUUUAUAGAGAUUUACUUUGGUGAAGGAUCAGGCCUGUCAACAUCAGUGAAGUU